UCCAUCCCCUCCUCCCUCACAUCCCCUUCCUCUUGGAUCGUUUUCUCCCACCCCUGGCUGCAGUUUCUUCUCCUCCUCGUCCUUUCCUCAGUCCUGGCUGAGGAGGAAACAAGAGGAGACACCGGGCCAUGAAGGAGAUCAGCCUGCUAGUCCUGGUGGCCUUCUUGACCCUGCAGUGCCAGGCCCAGGAAACAGAGGAGCAGCGCUCCUGCCAUGGGGCAUUUGACCUAUACUUCAUCCUGGACAAGUCUGGUAGUGUUAAAAACCAUUGGAUUGAAAUCUACACAUUUGUGGAAAGUCUUGCAGAAAAAUUCAUAAGUCCCAUGCUGAGGAUGUCUUUCAUUGUCUUCUCAUCUCGUGCAACAACCAUCAUGAAGUUGACUGAAGACAGAGAGAAAAUCCGUCGUGGCCUUCAGAUCCUGAGUUCAGAGGUUCCUGGAGGUGAUACAUUUAUGCAUGAAGGGUUUAAAAAGGCAACUGAGCAGAUCUCUCAAGAGAAUAGUGGAGGUGCUCGUGCAGCCAGUGUUAUCAUUGCACUGACUGAUGGAGAACUUCAGCAAACUCAGUUUUACUAUGCAGAACAGGAGGCUGAGAGAGCGCGACAUUUUGGUGCCGUUGUUUACUGUGUAGGAGUGAAGGAUUUUAAUGAGACACAGCUCUCCACAAUUGCUGACAGCAUUGACCAUGUGUUCCCAGUGAUGGGUGGAUUUCAGGCCUUGCAGGGUGUCAUUGACUCGAUCCUGAAGAAAUCCUGCAUUGAAAUCCUAGCUGCCGAGCCUUCCAGUGUAUGUGCAGGAGAGUCAUUUCAAGUUGUGGUUCGUGGAAAUGGAUUUUAUCAUGCACGGAAUAUCGACCAGGUGCUUUGCAGUUUUAAGGUCAAUGAUAGCAUUACAAUAAAUGAAAAACCUUCAGACAUACAAGACACAUAUCUAUUGUGCCCUGCUCCUGUCAUAGAGGAAGUUGGACAGAUGGUGUACCUGCAAGUCAGCAUGAACAUGGGUCUCACAUUUAUAUCCAGCUCUGUGGGAAUUACCAGUACCCAUUGUCGCACUGGUAUCAUCCUGUUCAUCUCUCUCCUGGUUCUAUUCCUGCUUCUCCUCCUGGCUCUGCUCUGGUGGUUUUGGCCGCUGUGCUGCACUGUGGUUAUCAAGGAGCACCCACCUCCUCCUCCUCCAGAGUCUGAAUCAGAUGAUGAAGAUGGUCUGCCCAAGAAAAAAUGGCCCACAGUGGAUGCCUCAUAUUACGGGGGAAGAGGAGUUGGAGGGAUCAAAAGGAUGGAGGUAAGAUGGGGUGAUAAGGGCUCUACUGAAGAAGGUGCAAAGCUGGAAAAACCUAAAAAUGCCAUAAUAAAGCUACCAGACCAGGAAUACGAGCCAUGGGAGCCAAAAUCCAAGAAAUGCCCAUCUCAUCGGAAACCACAAGAGAGAAAGUGGUAUAGUCCAAUAAAGGGCAAGCUUGAUGCACUGUGGGCUCUUCUGCGAAGAGGGUAUGACCAGGUGUCGCUGAUGAGACCUCAGGCAGGAGAUAAGGGACGAUGCAUUAACUUCACACGGCUUAAGGCAGACGGUACCUCAACCAUCUACACUCCACCAGCAACGAGCAUUCCAGUUAAGAACAUUCCAAAGAAGCCCAUGCAGCGGCAACCUCCACCAGGCCCUCCACCUGCACGGGUCCCACCAGGGCCUCCACCCUCUCGCCCUCCACCCCAGCCCAUUAAUUGAGUCCAACCUAGGGGAUUCAAUAUACAAUACUAACAGUGGCCCGCUAGAGCAGCUGUUUGGCCACUGAUCACAAGUGUCUUUGGGAUGAUGAAUGAGUAAAAAAUGCUGACUGAAUGUGGGUUCUCACAGCAUAACCUCCAAAAGAGAAACUUGCAUUGCACCUAAUACAUACGUUUAUGUAGUACUUAUCCAUCAGAGUUUGGAAUAUUUGCUUUUGCACUUUGCCAAGAGCCAACUUUUCCACAUAGGAUAACGCUUUAUGACAUAUACAAAAAUAAUGAAAAUAGCAAUAAAAUCUAGGACUUGACAACCCAGACAACUGCAGUAAAUGUGCUAUGCAGCCAGCCCAGCUGUUAACUGUGACUAUGCAGGUGCCAUUAAUGCGUUUUCUCCCUACCAGAGAGUCCUGCAUGGGUUAUUCUAUAUAUUUUGCUGAAUAAUACAAGCAGUUCUGGCAUUGAAGGGGUUAAAUUAGCCCUGUCUAUUUAUUCUGUUAUGGUUUUGGUAUUUUAAACAAAUAGAAUUUGUUGCUGGACAGCAAAAUCUACCCCAUUUGUGCUCAGGUUGCAACCUGUCUUCAAUGCAUGUCACUCACCAAUAUACUGUUUUACUAUUUGAACCUAUUGUCCUCUGUAUUCUCAGGGGGAAAAAUCAUUAACCUCUGGUAGUUUGCCCACAGGGUACUAUUGUUUGGUGCUUAUGGUUUAUUAUUGGUGCUUUUGGAUGGCAACGCCUGCAGUAUAGUUUUGCAGACAAGGCAGCAUUAUGUACGUGAAACAGCUCAAGCUCUGUACAAAGUAUAAAAAGUUGCAUGUGGUACUGCUGGGCAGUAAGUUUAAUAUAUAAUAUGUGCUGAAUUUCACACUUCAAUAACAUGAAACCUCUAUAUGGGAAAAUGCUAUACUAAGAGUAAUGUUACCAGCGAAGCAUGAAAUGUUUUUAUUACUAGGUACUCUUUAAAGCCAAGAAAAAGGGCCCUAUUCUAUGAACUGUCUAAACUGUCUAAAUUGUAUUAACAGUGGUUUAAAAUGUAUGGUUUGCAAUGCAGCUCCAUGACUAAACCUUAAGCUGUGAUUGUGGAUUCUAUACUAUAAUUCAAUAGGGUGCUCAGAAUAGCAAAAUUGCUGUUCCAGAUCAUAAAACAUGUCUAAUCUAAUGCACAACAGAAAACUCAGAAUCAGUGACAAAUUCACACUUUCAAAGACAUUCCCAAUUCCUUACAAAUUAUUUUAUAGAAAACUAAAAAUUGUUGCCACAUAACAUAAACCAUAAA